AUGGCUGAUGAUCACGGCGAGCCGAAGAACUGUUUGGUGACGGGUGGAUGCGGGUUUAUCGGCUCGAAUUUCAUCAAUUUUAUCCACAACAAAUGGUCGUCUACCAACUUCGUCAACUAUGACAAAUUGACAUUUGGCGCAUCUACUGAGCACAUCGAGCCAAGAGUGGCUGAUGGCGGACGUUACAAAUUUAUCCACGCCUGCCUCAACGACCAGAAAACCCUAAACAAAGUCCUCUCUGAAAAUAAUAUUGACACCGUAAUCCAUUUCGCGGCCAUUACCCACGUUGAUGAUUCAUAUGCUGAUCGGAUAGGCACGAUCCAGGAAAAUAUUAUUUCCACCACAACGCUUCUCGAAUCGAUUGUGAACAGCCAAUACAAGGGUGUGAAAAGGCUGGUCCACAUUUCCACAGAUGAAAUUUACGGGGAUUCUUCGGAAUCUGAUACGACACCAAAGACAGAGACAACACUGCCAAAUCCCACCAAUCCAUAUGCAGCCAGUAAGGCGGCAUGCGAGCUGAUUAUUCAGGCUUACAAUAAAUCCUAUAAGCUACCAUACGUGAUGGUUCGAAUGAACAACGUCUACGGGCCACGACAGGCUUACAGCAAAUUGAUACCGAAGUUCACCAAAUUGGCGCUUGACGAGAAGCCGUACCCAUUGAUGGGUGAUGGAAAACAUUGCCGCUCAUGGAUGUAUGUUUCUGAUUGCUCAGAGGCCAUUCGAAGGGUAACCGAAUCGGGCAAGGUCGGCGAGGUGUACAACAUCGGCACCGAAUUCGAGAUGACGAAUAUUGAGCUGACAAAGAAAAUUCAUGCCAUCGUCAACAAACUACAGAAUCGUGAUCAAAACGAACCUACUUUCACUCCAAUCCCUGACCGGCCAUAUCACGAUCGAAGAUAUUUCAUUGAUUUUGGCAAAAUCAAGAAUGCUUUUGGAUGGCAAUGCACAACCCCAUUCGAUGAAGGCCUUAUGGAAACCAUCCAAUACUACGUGAAACAGCACCACAAGGAGCAAAACAAGAGCAGAACCCAAGCC